GGAAAAGAUCUGUCCGCUGCGUUCCCCUAGCUCCGUCCACCCACCGACAGAGGGGGGCGUCUCCGUCUCCCGCCCCGCUCCCAUAAACGCAGAGGCUCACGCAGACGCCUCCCAAGCCCAAACCCACCACCACAACUGCGACCCAACCCGACCCAACCCCCGCACGCAUUCCCACCUCCUCCCUCCCCAGAUCUCCUCCCCCCUGCGCGCGCGCGUCGGGGUGCUGCCGGCGCCCGCGGCGACGACCGAGGAGCCAUGACGGCGAAGGGCGGCGCCACGCCGUCCCCCGGCGGCGCGGGGGCCGCGGCGGGGACCGGGCGCUUCUUCACGGUGGGGCUCGUCAGCGCCUGGUACUCCUCCAACAUCGGCGUGCUCCUGCUCAACAAGUACCUCCUCAGCAACUACGGCUUCAAGUACCCAAUCUUCCUCACCAUGUGCCACAUGUCCGCCUGCGCCCUGCUCUCCUACGCCGCCAUCGCCUGGCUCCGCGUCGUGCCCAUGCAGCUCGUGCGUUCCCGCGUCCAGCUCGCCAAGAUCGCCGCACUCAGCCUCGUCUUCUGCGGCUCCGUCGUGUCGGGGAACGUCUCGCUGCGCUACCUCCCCGUCUCCUUCAACCAGGCGGUCGGCGCCACCACGCCCUUCUUCACCGCCGUGUUCGCGUACAUCAUGACCGUCAAGCGCGAGUCAUGGGUCACCUAUCUCACCCUCGUGCCCGUCGUCACCGGGGUCAUCAUCGCCAGCGGCGGCGAGCCUAGCUUUCAUCUGUUUGGAUUCAUCAUGUGCAUAGGAGCCACUGCAGCAAGGGCGUUGAAGACAGUUUUGCAAGGAAUUCUUCUGUCUUCUGAGGGGGAGAAGCUUAAUUCUAUGAAUCUGUUAUUGUACAUGGCUCCAAUUGCCGUUAUUCUCUUGCUUCCUGCAACUCUCUUUAUGGAGGAUAAUGUUGUUGGCGUUACAAUUCAGCUGGCUAAAAAGGAUUUCACGAUUGUUUGGUUGCUAUUGUUCAAUUCUUGCUUGGCAUACUUUGUCAAUUUGACCAAUUUCUUGGUGACCAAGCAUACUAGUGCACUGACUCUACAGGUUCUUGGAAAUGCAAAGGGUGCUGUGGCAGUUGUCGUCUCAAUUAUGAUAUUCAGGAAUCCUGUGUCUAUAACAGGAAUGCUCGGUUACACUCUCACAGUUAUAGGCGUUAUUCUUUACAGUGAGUCCAAAAAGCGCAGCAACAAGCCGUGAGCACCCUAGAAGACAGUAAAUAUGGCAAUCCUUUCUUUGUCCGGUCAGUGCCCAGAGCUAAUAUAUGAUGGGGAACUACAUCGGGGGUGGUCGCAACAAAUCCUGCGUCGUAUGGCGCCUCAGCGAUUAGACAUUGAGGAUAGAAGUCCAAUAAUACCUGUAGUAUUACCUUGGCAUCUGGGAGGCAUUUUGUUUUGCUAAUGGUGAUGAUGGAUGGAAUAUAAUUUUUUUGUGUUAGAGAACCGUGGCUCACACUGCCAGCAUUGGUUAAUACGUUUAGUUCUUGGAAAUUGCCCCUCUUCUAUUCAUCUGCUAUUGUAAGUUACAUUUUCUUUUGCUCUGAAGACUGCCUGUACCAAACUUUGCUCCAGGACCUCCUAAUAUAUUAUGACACUGAAUUUAAGCUCA